UAGCCACUUUUGUUGCGGAAUUAAAGAAACUAUCGCGGGAUUGCAAAUUUAAAGAAAAAUUGAAUGAAAAUUUGCGCGAUCAAUUCAUAUGUGGUCUUAAUAUUGACGUCAUUCGGCAAAGGCUUUUUGCGGAGGAGGAUACAAUAACAUUCGCUGAGGCGGUUAAAUUAGUACAAUCCUUGGAGGCGGCGGAACGGGAUGCAGCAAUCGUGGAAUCAACCAAUGGGGCAGAGGCGAUGCAUGCGAUGAAACAAAACACGAGCAGUAAAGGUUGGGCGCGCAGAGGAGGAUCAUACAGUACACCAAGCAUGCGGACCAGAGCUGCGGGGGAAAGCGCCGGCAGCGCAGGAGCAGGUGCGUUAGCAGCAGAGCCGAGUACGUCGGUUCGUCAGUACGGAGAGCCGAGGGCGUCUGUUCGCCAGUACGGAGAGCCGAGGGCGUCUGUUCGUCAGUACGGGAAAUGUACGGCAUGCGGAAGGACGUCCCAUUCCUUCACCGUUUGUCGAUUCCGGAACUUCACUUGCAGCAAGUGCCACCGAGUUGGUCAUUUGCGACGGAUGUGCCCCGCGGAAAAUGCGGAUUCGGCCCAAAUGUCGCAGGAGUGCACCUACUUUGGAGGAGCGGAAGCUGGAGAGUUUUCGGACAACGAAUAUGACGUCAUUCACAACAGUAACAGAGAGGAGGAUGGAAACAUCGAGGAGCAAUUAAAUCUCUUAGCGUUAAAUAAUUAUAAGGCAAUAUAAAGAAGUAUUUAGUGACGGGCUGGGACGGUACACGGGCGGAAGGGCGACGUUGCGGGUGCGAGAGGGGGCGGCGCCGAUAUAUCAUCGUGCGCGGCCGCUGCCGUAUGCACUGCGCGAGCGCGUCGACGCGGAGUUGGACCGUAUGCUACGCGACGGCGUCAUCGAGCCCAUCGAAUGCUCCGACUGGGCCUCUCCUC